AUGUCUCACAGCCCCAGCAAUCUCCCCGACAUCCGGCGAUACAUCACAGCCCACUGCAGAGAAGGCGAAUCCGUCUUUCUCUCCCCCUCGCAAAUCCCCGAAUACAUCCCCUCCAAACCUGUCGGUGAAGAUGGCGAAUAUGCCCUUUUAUACGCAACCACCACGACGCCAGUCAUAACCGAUAAUGAAGCAGACGUGGCAGCCUACGACGACUUUCUGCACACCCCUCCUGGGAUAACUACAUCGCAAGGGUCAGUCUUACGAUCAAUCGACCUCCGUCCAGGAAAAUGCAGCCCCAUGCAUCGGACGGUGAGUGUGGAUUACGGAAUUGUAAUUGAAGGCAAGGUAGAUUUGAUAUUGGAUUCGGGGGAGACGCGCACGCUGAGACGGGGAGAUGUUGGCAUCCAGCGAGGAACGGCGCAUUCAUAUCGCAAUCGCAGUGAGACGGAGUGGUGUCGGAUGCUGUUUAUGUAUCUGCCGAUGAGGAUGCUGAAUAUCAAGGGGAAGGACGUGGAGGAGGAGGUUUAUGAUUCAAAAUAA